ACUGGAAGACCUGGGCUCCCUGGGGACAAAGGUGCCAUUGGGAUGCCUGGACAUGUGGGAGUGAAGGGUCCACCCGGCGAGAAGGGUGCCCCUGGAGAUGCCGGGAUGUCCAUCAUCGGUCCCCGAGGACCCCCGGGUCAGCCCGGCACUAGGGGCUUUCCUGGAUUUCCGGGUCCCAUUGGGCUGGAUGGCAAACCGGGCCAUCCCGGACCGAAAGGGGAGAUGGGUCUGAUGGGUCCCCGAGGACAGCCGGGACCUCAAGGACAAAAAGGAGAAAAGGGCCAGUGUGGCGAGUACCCACACCGGCUGCUGCCUCUCCUCAAUUCAGUGCGGCUGGCGCCACCCCCAGUCAUAAAAAGGCGGACUUUCCAGGGUGAGCAGGGUCAGGCUGGCAUCCAAGGCCCCCCAGGACCACCGGGGCCACCAGGCCCUCCUGGACCAAGUGGACCUCUGGGGCACCCAGGACUGCCAGGACUCAUGGGGACACCAGGCUUACCUGGGCCUCCAGGAGCAAAGGGAGACCCAGGGAUCCAGGGCUUCCAUGGCCGGAAGGGAGAGCGGGGGAUGCCAGGGAUGCCAGGCAAGAAUGGAGCCAAGGGAGCGCCAGGGAUCGCCGUGGCCGGGAUGAAGGGUGAGCCAGGGAUCCCAGGAGCCAAGGGUGAGAAGGGGGCUGCCGGCUUCCCCGGGGUGCCCGGCCUCCUGGGACAGAAGGGGGAGAAGGGUGACGCUGGCAACUCCAUUGGAGGAGGCAGGGGGGAGCCAGGCCCCCCAGGGCUGCCUGGGCCCCCUGGGCCAAAGGGAGAACCAGGUGUUGGUGGCCAGGUUGGCCCCCCAGGACGGCAAGGAGACAAGGGGCAGCCAGGAGCAGCUGGAGAACAAGGGCCAGCUGGCCCCAAGGGCUCCAAGGGAGAACCUGGGAAAGGAGAAAUAGUGGAUUACAACGGCAACAUCAACGAGGCUCUCCAGGAGAUCCGGACCCUGGCCUUGAUGGGGCCUCCUGGUCUUCCCGGGCAAAUUGGCCCACCUGGAGCACCAGGGAGUCCAGGCCAGAAGGGGGAGAUUGGACUACCAGGCCCUCCAGGACUCGAUGGGGAAAAGGGACCUCGUGGCAAACCAGGAGACAUAGGCCCCCCAGGUCCCCAAGGACCCCCAGGAAAGAAUGGGCCUCCAGGAAUGAAGGGAGAGAUCGGAUACCCAGGGAACCCCGGAGAAAAAGGGGAGACGGGACAAGCAGGAUCACCGGGUCUAGACGGCCCAACUGGGGAGAAAGGAGAACCAGGUGACCAAGGGAGGCCUGGAGCAACAGGAUUGCCUGGCCCCAUCGGGCUCCCAGGAUUUACAGGAGAAAAAGGAGAAGCUGGGGAGAAGGGUGAACCAGGAGCAGAGGUUCCUGGACCACCAGGGCCAGAGGGGCCUCCUGGACCUCCGGGGCUCCAAGGUCUACCUGGACCAAAGGGGGAAGCAGGACUAGAUGGAGCAAAAGGAGAGAAGGGUGUCCAGGGAGAAAAAGGAGACCGAGGGCCUCUGGGAUUACCCGGAGCUUCAGGUUUGGACGGCAGGCCGGGGCCACCGGGCACUCCAGGACCAAUUGGCAUUCCAGGCCCCGCAGGACCAAAGGGCGAGAGGGGCAGCAAAGGAGAUCCAGGGAUGACAGGACCAAUGGGGGCAGCUGGGCUUCCUGGUUUACACGGACCACCCGGGGAUAAAGGAAACCGGGGACAUCGAGGUUUUAAAGGAGAGAAAGGGGAACCGGGGUUACCGGGGCUGGACGGACUGGAUGCCCCAUGCCCAUUGGGUCAAGAUGGCCUGCCAGUCCAGGGAUGCUGGAACAAGUGAUGCCUCUAACCUUGGAUUGGCCUGUGUGUGUGUUUAUACAUAGAAUAUUUAUUUUUAUACAGUUUUCACUUUUUGAAAAUGCCAGAACUAUGAUGCAUCUUACAGAUUAUCAAAAGAAAAAGAAAAACUUGCAUAUUUUGUACAGAAAAUAAUACUUCUCCCCUUUUGUUUACAAGAUUUUUGUGUAAGUCUAUGUCUCUAAUACACUGUUUGUGAGUACAGUCCUAAUGUUUGCAUGAUAUUUGUGCACACUUAUUUCAUAUAAAAGCUUAAUAAAUUAUUGUGUUCCGGUGCCAAAGAGGGCAACCAGCACCAA